AAUUUCAUUGGCUCAUCACAUCGAGCCACGCCUCUUACCGCGCAUCGAGCCGCCGACGAUGCGCGUUGUUUCACCUUGUUUUUUACAUUAUGAUGGUUACGAUCUCGAUGUUGAAGAUCAUUAUAUUUUGGUCUAAAGGUGGAUCCCUGAAGACGCUCUUGUUGUACAUGUCGAGGCAUUGGAACACAAUCGUGGAUGAACGAGAUCGCAAAACGAUGUUGGGCAUAGCGAACUUCUCCAGGAAGCUGUCGAUAAGAAGCACCGUGCUCGUGGUGACUGUGGUGAUAAGCUUCAUCAUGUCUCGAUUCAUCGAAAUCCGACGAAGCGGUCGCAUAUUGUUCUUCAAUGUACGUUUACCUUACAACGCGACCAUCAGUCCUAUUUACGAGUUGACUCUUGUCGGUCAAUUUGGAGGCUGUAUAUCUUCCGCAAUUAGUUACACCGCGGUGGAUACUUUCAUUGCCACCCUAGUGCUUCAUGUAUGCGGCCAGCUUUCGAAUCUACGUUACGAACUGACAAAUCUGUGCGCCAAUACAAAAGCGGAAUUCCAGAUGAAGCUGAGAAAUAUCGUAAAGAAGCAUGAACAUCUCAACAGAUUUGCAGAAACAAUCGAAGACUGUUUCAACAUGAUGCUUCUACUGCAAAUGUUAGGAUGCUCAGUUCAACUUUGUUUCCAGUGUUUACAGGCGUUUAUGGUAUUAAUGGGCGAAAUGAACAAAGCAGUCUUUAUUCAAUUAGGUUUCCUGUUCACCUACGUGGGUUACAUACUGAUACAAUUAUACCUGUACUGUUACAUCGGCGAAAAACUACUUAUCGAGAGCACGCAAAUGGCAUACGCGGCAUACGACUGCAGUUGGUAUAACUUGUCAGCGCGUAAAGCGAGAUCACUAAUCAACAUCAUGUGUCGAGCUCGGUCACCAUUAAAAAUCAGCGCCGGUGGUUUCUGCUGUUUUAACCUGGAACUCUAUAGCGAGACUUUAUCUAAAAAGACAGGCGUGGAAUAUGCGUGCGGGUGGAAUCGUUAUACCAUGACGAUUCUGGGAAUUUGGCCAGCAAAUAGAAGUCUCAGUCAAGCAUCGAGUUACAUAGUACUAGCCCCCGUUCUAAUAAUGCUUUGCUUCAUCUGUGUACCACAAUCGGCAAAUCUGCCGUACGUUUGGAGCGACUUUGACUUGUUGGUAGACAAUUUGUCCAUAGGAAACGUAACGAUUACAAUCUCGAUGUUGAAGACUAUUAUAUUUUGGUCUAAUGGUGGAUCCCUGAGGACACUCCUGUUGUACAUGUCGAGGGAUUGGAACACAAUCGUGGAUAAACGAAAUCGCAAAACGAUGUUGGGCAUAGCGAACUUCUCCAGGAAGCUGUCGAUAAGAAGCACCGUGCUCGUGGUGACUGUGGUGAUAGCCUUCGUCGUGUCUCGAUUCAUCGAAAUUCGACGAAGCGGUCGCAUAUUGUUCUUCAAUGUACGUUUACCUUACAACGCGACCAUCAGUCCUAUUUACGAAUUGACUCUUGUCGGUCAAUUUGGGGGUUCUAUAUCUGCGGCAGUUAGUUACACCGCGGUGGACACUUUUAUUGCCACCCUAGUACUUCAUGUGUGUGGCCAGCUUUCUAAUCUACGUUACGAACUGACGAAUCUGUGCGCCAAUACAAAGGCAGAAUUCCAGAUGAAGCUGGGAAAUAUCGUGAGGAAGCAUGAACAUCUCAACAGAUUUGCAGAAACAAUCGAAGACUGUUUCAACAUGAUGCUUCUACUGCAAAUGUUAGGAUGCUCAGUUCAACUUUGUUUCCAGUGUUUACAGGCGUUUAUGGCAUUAAUGGGCGAAAUAAAUGAAGUAGUCUUUACUCAAUUGGGUUUCCUGUUCAUCUACGUGGGUUACAUACUGAUACAAUUAUACCUGUACUGUUACAUCGGCGAAAAACUACUUAUCGAGAGCACGCAAAUAGCAUACGCGGCAUACGACUGCAGUUGGUAUAACUUGUCAGCACGUGAAGCGAGAUCACUAAUGAACAUCAUGUAUCGAGCCCGGUCACCAUUACAAAUCAGCGCCGGUGGUUUCUGCUGUUUCAAUCGGGAACUCUAUAGCGAGAUUCUGAAGAGAUCAGUGGCUUACAUGUCGUGUAUCCUCGCAAUGAAUAGCAUUGAGUGAAAAUGAAAUGAUAGUAAACCGUACAAAUGACACAUUUGUUAAUUAAUUACAUAUAUAUAUAUCUUUUAUAAUUACAAGAUAUGACAAGACAAAGAGAAUGUAUUUUCAAAACAUUUGUAAAAAAAUGCUUUAAUAAAUUAAUGUUAAAUAAAAUAUUCAUUAUAAUCAA